UCUUGGCCAGUUGUAUUUUAGCCAUUAGCACGUUCGGAGCUGGAAUCUCGCCUCGAGUCGAGUCGCCUCAAGUGUGAAGUCAUAGAGUCCGACAAGUAUCGCCCAACUAAAUGCUAGUAGAAACUAAAAGUGAUUUUCAAAUCUUGGCUGGUGAAUUUUGAUUGCUUGUCUUGUCUUGUCUUGUGGUGUCUCCCCGCGAAAGCGAAAGUUGCGUGCGAAGCGAGCCUUAAAAACUUAAAACUGAAAACCCCAUAUAAAUACAAUAUACAAACAAAAGCGUGCAAUAUCUGGUGAUCAACAACAACAACAUCGACAACAAUAACAACAAUAAUUUUCAACCUUCGUGGAUUUACAACACAAUAAAAUGCCGUCUGCCAGCUCGCAUUCGCGCCUGUUCUUCUACCUGCUGUGUGUGGCAUCUUUACUGGCAGUCUCCAAAUCGGAUACCGUUCCUUUGCAGCCUCCAGCCGAAGACUUGGCCUACGAUGCUACCCUUCAGUUGGGCAUACUAAACCAUCGGCUUAAUCAACUGGCACUUGAGGAAGAAUCACGUCAACUUGGUCUGACUAACUUUACGAUCAACAAUCUGGUGAGCCGCAUACCCUGUAAUUGCGAUACAGGUCUGUGUAAAUGCUGUGCUGGAUUCCUAUCGGUGAUUGGCAUGAAUAGCUGCACUGAGGUCGCCUAUCGUCCGGAGGAGUUCUCCUUUGAGCUGCGCAUGCGAUUCAAUAACAAUAUUUGGUUCCGACGCAAGGUAUCUGGCCAGAACCCUCCACCCUUCUGCUUUAGGCCACCGCGCUUUAACUUUGCACGCGCCUGCAUUCAGUUCCAUGACAUUUGGUUUGUCGGCCGCAAUAUGCACGUCUGCAUGUAUAUGUCUGGGGAGUUCCAGGGAUUUGAACUCUUUGAAAGGAACUUCGACUGCCUUUUGUUCGGCGAUCAUGGAGUUAAAAUCGUGCCACCCGAGCAGGGAUAUCCGAUGCGGCCUAACGCUGUGGACAUUGAUGAUGCCGAGGAUGAAAUCGAGGAUUAUGAUGAGAACGUAGUACGCAGCUUAGCUGAAAAGAUGAUGUAUGAUUAAGCUACCUAGAAAACGUCUACCCUGCCAAUUGUCUCUCUUCUUAUUUAUUAUCACAAAUCAUUGUUAAUUUAUUAAAUCGCAUUUU